AUGAAGACCUCAUCUGCCGUCUUGGCGACAGCCGUAGCGUGGACCAGCCUCGUGAAUGCGCAAUCUACCUAUUCCUCCUUGACUUCAUCGUAUGCUCCCUUGGCGUCCUGUUCGUCCAGUCUCACGGCGAAAUAUGCUGCUCCUUCAGUGGCGCCGGGAUACGUCGCUCGAUUGGUCGCUCAGGACCUGUCCAGGCCAAGAGGGAUCAAGUUUGACAAUGAAGGUAAUCUGCUGGUUGUGGAGCAGGACAAGGGCAUCGCAGCUUUGACUUUGGUCGAGUCCGGCGCCGGGUGCUGGAGCGUCAGCAGUCGCAGGAUGGUCAUAGACGAACCGAGCUUGAACCAUGGCAUCGAACUUUCAGCAGAUGGCAAUACCCUCUAUGCCUCCAGCGGUGAGACGCUCUGGUCUUGGGCGUACUCGAGCUCGUCACAGACCAACACGUCAGGCCCACGGGCUCUCGUGACCGGCAUGGCCGGCUCAGACCAUACCUCUCGCACGCUCCUCCUCUCGAAAAAAGCCCCCGGGCUGAUGGUGAUCAACCGCGGAAGCAAUUCCAACAUCGACCCGGAAGCCUCAUCGAUCACGACGGGACACAGCCAAGUCAAGGCCUUCAACCUGACCAACGCCACCGACGGCCCCUACGAUUUCAACACGGACGGCCUGCUGCUCGGGUGGGGCCUGCGGAACGACGUCGGCAUGGACGAGGAGCCGCUCCACGGGGGGAUCUACUCGGUCGAGAACAGCGCCGAUCAGAUCAGCCGGGACGGGGUCGACAUCCACCGCGACAACCCGGCCGAGGAGCUCAACUUCCUGGGCUACCUGAACGGCACGUCCUCUGCGAACCAGGGCCGCAAUUUCGGCUAUCCGGAGUGCUUCACGGCGUGGAACACGUCGGCCAUUCCGCGCUUCGGCGGCACGGUCGGCCAGCAAUUCGCCAUCGAUGCAUCCAACGCCACCCUCAACGACACCCUCUGCGACCGCUCCCACCGGCAACCCGCCGUCCUCGCCUUCCAGGCGCACACGGCGCCGCUCGACCUGCUCUUCACCCCGAGCGGCACGACGGCCUGGAUCACCUUCCACGGGAGCUGGAACCGGGAGUCGCCAGUCGGCUACAAGGUCAGCGCGGUGGCCUUCUCGGGGGGCGCUCCCACCUCGCGGCUGGAGGACAGCGCGGCGGCGACGGUCGACGUCGUCGCGAACCCGGACCUCGCCGCCUGCCCCGGGGCCUGCUUCCGCCCCGUGGGCCUGGCCUGGGACCCGCAGGGCCGGCUGUUUUUGUCGAGCGAUUCCACCGGCGAGAUCUACGCCGUGUUGCGGACGGACGGCGUCCCCGUGGCGCUGGGCCCGACGCCCGUCCGGUCGGCGGACGGCACCGGCGGCGCCGGAACGACGGCGGCGACGGCGCCCGCGCCCAGCAGCACGAACCUGGCGGCGUCGGUGGGCGCGAGCGGGGUCCUCGCCGUCGGGUUCGCGGUGUUGGCGUUCUGGCUCUGA